AUGCCUUCAAUCAUAAACCCAUCAUUCCUUUACUCUCUGCAUUCUCCUCCUCCUGUAAAUGAGGCCAUAGAUGAAGCAGAAACUUCAUCUUCACUGGCCGAUACCGUGCCGAACAUUCGGCAUCAAUCCGUCCAGUCUCCUGAGAUAAAACCAGAACAGCCUCCUUUAGCACCAGCUCAGCCACCUGAAAGAACUGAAACUAUGCCUAUGCCUAUGCCGCCUCCUGCCAAUGUUCGUUCUAAGUCACCAUCACAAUCUCGAGCGAAAAACCAAACCCGACCGGUUUCCAAGCCUCCAUCGCCAUCGAAAACAACCCCUCAAUCUUCAGUUGAUUCCAAUAAGUCCCCAUUAGUAUUAGGCAAAGCCUCUCCAUCUCAGGAGGCUUCUUCAAAGCCUCCAUCACCGGCAGCUACAGCUCCUCGACGCCGAAUUGCUUCAAAGUCACCAUCUCCGUCGUCGCAAGCAUCACAAUCAAGAUUCAAAGCUGAUUCUCAGCCUCCAUCAUCUUCAAGAUCAGCAUUUUCACCUCAAACUUCAUUAGAAAACCAGCCUGAAACCAAGGAAGACCUGACAUCUAAGAACAAUUCCAAUCCCCAUUCGAACAAGAACUCUUCUAAAACCCCAAUACAAUCGGAUCAAACCAUAGAAAAUGGCUUAGAAACCUCUCCAGAAUCACAGGAACAGUCAAAAGAAACUAAGGAAAAUCUGGAAAAGGACUCAAAACAGGAAGAAUCCAUGGAAGGCUUAGCCAAAGCUUUUCAGAAACUAAACAUCAAAUAUUCAGACAAAGAAAACCCAAAGAGUUUCACAACACUCAUAGGCAACAACAAAGGGGCAUCAAUGCUCUUACACUCCGGCGAACCCAAAGCCGAUAGUUCAAUCCACAUCCACCGUCAGUAUAAGAACAAUCCAGGUCAAAUCGCUAAAAGUUUCACAGAAAUGGAAGGAAAUUUCAAGCAUAAAACACCCCAAGAUUCAAGAACAGAAGAGAAUCCAGCCCAAAAAUUAUAUAUCAACAUCAAUGUUCAAGGUAUGAACAACUCAAUCAUGUUAGAUAGCUCAUUUACUGAGAAUGAUCCUGGAAUCAAUUUGAAAUUCCCUCGAGAACCAACAAAAUCCAAAGAUGAAUUACAGGUUGCAAAACCUGCCGAGAGGGUUACCCAUGAACCCGCCGUAAGACGAAGAUGCCUGAGAGGGCUGUUAAUGGAGUCGAGCGAUUCUGAGGUCGACAACCCAGAAAAGCCCCGACGCCAUGGCUGCCGCUACUCUCGUGGCUGCAAAGGAAAAAAGGUCGAAACUCUGUAA